AUGCGACCACACAGUACUCUCAGACGCUUUCUCGUACAUCCUAAGGACAAGACGCUGAAAGAAGAGAUGUGUGGCUGUGUAUACAAGAUCCCGUGCAAGAAUUGUGAAACUGUGUACAUAGGAGAAACAGGUCGCAAACUUGGUACUCGGAUGAAUGAGCACAAAAAAGAUGCCAAAAACAGCCCACAAGUUUUCACGCGGUCAGGAAGGAGAGAAUCAGAAGCAACAGAACACUCUAGUGCAGUUACCAACCAUAUAGCUAGGCACAACCAUGUCAUUGACUGGAAGGGGGUGAAAGUGAUUGAUAGGGAAAACAACACCGCACUCAGAAAACUUAGGGAAUCGGUUGCGAUAGCUAAGGAAAGACGAGUAAUGAACAGGGACGAUGGGGGCUACCAACUGAGUCCCAUCUACAGGCCUUUGUUUACUGCUGGGAACCAUUCCGGCAGUAAACCUGCCCUGUGA